CUCCAGUCUGCUGGGUGGACUCGCGGACCUCCUCGGGAUGGAUGUUUUGGACCAAGGACCCAUGAAAAGUGCCAUGUUUAAGACGGCGGGAACUCGGACUGGCGAGGGCGCGGACCUGAUGAUCGCGCUCCCCUCCGACCCAACUCAUCUGAUGCCGGCGUUUUGGGACUCUCCUCUGAGCCACGGCAUUAACGUGUUCGUGGGACUGGUUCUGUGCUUCACCAUGCUGGGACUGGGCUGCACGGUGGACGUCAGCCAGCUCGGGGAGCACAUCCGCAGACCCAUCGGGCUACUGCUGGCCCUGGUGUGCCAGUUCGUCAUCAUGCCUCUGGUGGCUUUCCUGCUGGCUCUCGCCUUCUCGCUGGACGAUGUGGCGGCGAUGGCAGUGCUCCUGUGCGGCUGCUGUCCAGGAGGAAACCUGUCCAACAUCAUGUCGCUGCUGGUGCACGGGGAGAUGAACCUCAGCAUCAUCAUGACGAUCUCGUCCACCCUGCUGGCGCUGGUCCUCAUGCCUGUGUGUCUGUGGAUCUACAGUCGCGCCUGGAUCAACACGCCGGUGGUCAACCUGAUGCCCUUUGGUGCCAUCAUCCUCACCCUGUGCAGCACCCUUAUCCCCAUCGGGUUGGGUGUGAUGCUACGGUACCGCUACACGCGUGUGGCCGACGUUGUGUUGAAGGCAUCACUGUGGUCUCUGCUGAUCACCUUGGUGUUGCUCUUCAUCCUGACCGCGGCCAUGCUGGGACCAGAGCUGCUCUCCACCAUACCCCCUUCAGUCUACAUGGUGGCCAUAUUGAUGCCUCUGUGUGGCUAUGCCGCAGGUUACGGUCUAGCGGUGCUCUUCAACUUGCCCCCCAACAGCCGUAGAUCUGUCUCCCUGGAGACGGGAUGCCAGAACGUACAGCUGUGCACCGCAAUUCUGAAGCUGGCCUUUCCCCCUCAGCUUGUCGGGGGUAUGUACAUGUUCCCGCUGCUGUACGCCCUCUUCCAAGCAGCUGAGGCGGGCAUCUUCAUCCUGGCCUAUCGGUUCUACAGAAAGAACGUCCUGCACAAGCCGGAUCCGGUGGCGCACGGUGAGGACACGGACAUUACAUACCAGCGGUUUGAGGACGAGGAUGUUGACUUCAGCUCAUCAUAUGGCACGGUGACAGUGAGCGACCCCAACUCUAUUUCACUGAAGCCCUGCCCCCCUCAUCCAACACCUGUUUAAUGUGCAACACUGAUCUGUUGCUGGACUUCAGAUGAGUAGGACCACUAGAAAGCAUGUAACUCUUUAAGAAAAGCUCUAUUUUUCUUUAAAAGAUCACAAAGGUUUAUAAAAGUGUAAAUAAACAGGGAUAUUUAUUCAACAUGCCAUGUACUGCCAACCUGUUCAGGGUCACCCCUCCUCUCCGAAUUAGACGCCUUACUUGCCAAAUUAACAAGAAGAAUCUGGAUUGACAGAAUAGUAAACAACAGCAUCGGCACUACUUGCAUUUUAACAUUUUAAAAUGAAGGUUUUAACUUCCUAUUUGACAGUAUGUGAGGUAAGACACCGCAAAAAACACUGUCAGUUCAGUGAAAGAAAUAUGUUUGAUGGGAUCUUUAAAUAUUCCACCACUAAAAGAUUAAGACCUGUUUAUUUACAUUACGCUAAACUAUAAAAGGAAGAGGGAAUGUGUAGUAUUAGUAUCAAUGGUGCUAUCUGACUUGCGCCAUGGUCACUGUAUUCUAACCACUGCAAUCUGUGAAACAGAACAAUAAUCACGUGUAUUUGCCGUUUGUGUGCCGGUGCGUGUGUGAGUACGUGGGUAUCUGCAGACAGGGGAUGCCGCCUACAGUACAUUCCAGAUGUACUCCUUGUGUAUGUUGAUCCUUUCUCCACCUCAUGUGUCAACAUUUAAGCAGCAAACUCAAUGGAAGAGGCAAUACAACGCAUGAAUUCUCUAGAAUUUAAAAAACUAGGGUUGAUGAAGUACUAUUUCACAGGACGUGGUACUUGAUAAAAUGAAUUAUUUUGAAGAAUGCAAUGUCAAACACCAUUUGCAGCUUGAUAUGAGUCCAAUAACCCUUUAUCUAGGUUAAGAUUUUUUGUUUCUGCAUCUAGUGUCUGAGCUCAACACUGACAGGAUGAGCUCAAAUAUUGAAGCUGCUGAGCCAACUUACGGCUGAACACUCAAAGCCAGACUCAAAGCUUGGGGGUAAUAAUCCCUUAUGGCUGCAAUAGUCGGUAAUAACAAUAGAUAGCAUACAUUUCACAAUAUUUAUUAUUAAAGAACACAUCUGUGAUGAAAACGCUGAGCUCUCAGUCUACAAGUCCCAUAAUACGCUGCUGCAGGCCAAGCUGUGAAGGGAAUGAUUUUUAUCGUUGACAAUUCAUUCCAGUGUAAGGUUUAUUUUGGUAGUGACGAGCAAGGAACGCAGGCUUUGAGCGACUUGAAACCACCAUGCAAUAGUGACCAAGGUGGAUUUAGAGCCAUCCACCAUCCCAGGUAGCAAAUACCAAAGUUAAGAGGGACAGAAGCUUGUAUGUACUAUCUUUUUUGUGUGUGUGUCCAAAGUCUUGUUGCCAACCUGAGCGACCUUUAGGAUCAACUCAGGCUCUUAACCACCUCUGCCGCACGGCCACGAGACGUUGCAUUUUCUUUUGGUUGCGUCACCAUUGUCCGACUCUGAAGUGACCACGUGUCAAUUCUGUUCGACUCACUCACAGCCAGUGAGACUGAAUAACAAAGCUUGAAACACCGGACA